AUGAAGGUCCCCUCAACAAUUGCUAUCUCGGUCAUUGCCUUUCCAUUCCUCGCUUUGGCAGCGUCAGUCAAAUCCGGAGUCAACGCCCCGGUCAUCACGGACAACCAGGACAUUACCUAUGUCGCGCACAUAGCCCGGGAUCCGCACUCCGGUAUUGAAGGAGUCGUCACCGUGUCGCCAGGGAUACACAACACGGGAGUCGAGAUCAGACUACACUUUUCUGGGCUGAGAGAAACCAGCAAAUACCUAUACCACAUUCACUUCCAACCAGUCCCCGAAUCGGGAGAUUGUAAAGGAACAGCGGGUCUUUUGAAUCCUUAUAAUGCCCAGGAGGACCCAUGUAAUGCCUCGGAGCCCCAGACCUGUGGAGUUGGAGACCUGACCGGGAAACACGGAUUUAUCGUUGCUGAUAGAUAUGGGACUUACUCGACAGUUUAUGAGGAUAAGUACCUAUCCAAUCAACCAGGCUCCGUGGCUUUCUUUGGCAAUCGCUCGGUUACUAUUCAUGCAGAUGAUGGGGGUCGGUAUAAUUGUGGAAACUUUGAGUUGCAAUGA